AUGUCGGGUUCAAACGCAAUGACACUCCUGAAAAACAGGAUGCAGUCGAUGAAAGAUGAGGCGGAGAAGUUCAAGGACAUGUACGAGGAAAAGUGUAGAGAUCUGGAAGAGGAGAAAAAUAAAAAAGAAGCCAGGAGGUUGAGGUUAUUGGAGGAUGAGAAUGAGAUGAAUUCAACCAAGUGGCAGGAGACUCAGUCGAAAUUGAACUCCCUCAAUCAUAUUGCCGAUGAACAUGAUAGGACAAAGAGGGUCUUUGAUAAUCAGCAGAACAUUCUGGAAGAUAGGCUGAACGAACUCGAGAUGAAAUUGAAAGAAUGCAAAGAAUCUGAAAGAGAAGCUGAAUCAAAAUAUACUGAGGCAUCACGCAAAACUUCGAUACUGGAAGCUGAGUUGGAAAAAGCUGAAGAACGGGCUGAAACCGCUGAGAGGAAGUGGAAACAGAUGGAAUCUGAUCUGAUAGCGACAUCAACACAUCUGAAAUCACUCCAGUUCAGCGAGGGAGAACUGUCCCAAAAAGAAGAAACAUACGAACGAACUAUCAAAGAACUCGCCUCAAAACUGAAAGAUUCUGAACUGUUAGCUUCAGAACUUGAAAGGCAUUCGGCAAAGCUUCAAAGAGAAGUCGACAGAUUGGAAGAGGAGUUAGAAAAAUCGAAAGAUGUGAACAAGAAACUUGAGGCCGAAAUGGAAAAUUGCAUCAACGAAUUGCAAAGCAUGUGA